CUGAGUGCAGUUGAGAUUCGCAUUUCAAUUUCAAAAUCAAAGUGCUAUCAAAAUGAAAUGUGUUGUGUUUAUAUAUAUUCUAUUUGCAAGCAUAACACUGAUCAUAACUAAAGCAGAGGCUAACGAAAAUGAGGUAAAAACAGAUUAUUUAUUAAUAUUUGUGUGCAAUGCAGAAAAUAAAUCAUACUCUUUUUUAUUAGUCUUGUGUGGCAACCAGAAUAGCAGAGGAAGAAUGUGGAGAGCACACCUAUAAAGCAGUUAGACCUUUGUUAAAGUAUAUUCAUCAGAUGAAGGAGGAAAUUGAAAACAAUAACAAUAAGGUUGAAGGCAAAGACAGGGAAAUCAAGCAACUGCAGGAAAAACUUAGCCAACGUAAUGAUUUGGUCAUCGAGGAACUGAGAGCUCAGAAUGAAUUCUACAAACAGAGUAUCAAAGAGCUAACGAACAACGUUUUGUCAAUAAAAGAGGAAAUGGGUAAACCCAAUUCCAAUGCCUUGAAAAUCCAGGACUAUGAAGAGCAGCUGGAGAAACAAAAGAAGUCAAUUGAUCAACAGGCCCAACAAAUAUCCCAACUCAAAAACGAAAUCAACAUUUGUGCCAAGAAACUAAAAAGCUGCGAAGAGAAGCCCGUUUACGGCGAAUGCACCGACUUUGCUGAUGCUCCGGGUAUUCAUAAGAUUAACCCGGAUCCGUUCGAUGUUCUUUGUGAUAGUGCGACAGCAGGUUGGACGGUUAUCCAGCAGCGAAUCAAUGGAAAGGAGGAUUUCUACAGGAAUUGGACCUCUUACCGAGAAGGUUUCGGUUCCUUUGAUGGCGACUUCUUUCUCGGUCUCGAGAGGAUUCAUCGCUUGACGCGCGCCCAGCCCCACGAGCUCUACAUACAUAUGGAAAGAUUUGAUGGUGACAUCAAAUACAGAAGAUACGAACAAUUUGCCAUUUCUGGCGAGGAGGACCAAUACACCUUGAUCACCUUGGCGAAAUCUGAGGGCAGUGCAACUAAGCAAUUGGAAUACCACAAAGAUAGCAAAUUCACCACAUACGAUCGCGACAAUGACAAUUGGGAUUCUGGCAACUGCGCAAGCCGAGACUUGCAUGGUGGUGGUUGGUGGUACCAUAGAUGUGCAUCCAGCAAUUUAAAUGGAAUAUACUAUGAUCAUGAGGUGAGCGAUUUAGAUGCCAUAUAUUGGGAUGAUUAUUACUCCUUGAGGACAGUCAAAAUGCUUAUACGCCCUAAAAGCAGUGGAAAAUAAAAUCAACAACAAAUAUGUAUAGCAUUUAUUGUAAAAAAGCUUAAAUUGUCGUAAAAUGUAUUUAUAAAUAAAUGCAGAUGCUGUAAUCGCAACUAAAAACCACAACAGAAAGGAACCCAAAUA